AGUAGAACAGAACACAAGUAUAUCAUUAUACGCAUCGAUCUAGGCUCAAGUCUUUAAUUCUUUAAUUAUUAUAAAUGCUAGCUCAACGAACAGAACACUUAUUUAUGUUGAACCUGAUAUUGUGUGCAAUGGGAAUGUCAAUAGCUAGUAACCCUUCUGUCGUUGAAUUGAAUUUCUUGAUUGUGAUGCAAUGUCAAACAAAUGUCAGAUUUAAAUAUGAACUCUAGUUAAUUUAAUAUAGCUACGCUUCUUCGCUAUGCUGGACCUUGAGGUGAUACCAGAGAGGGCCCUUGUGGGAGAUCAAUGGGAGUUUGUCCUAGGCAUGCCACUCGCUCAGGCUAUAGAGAUCCUCAAGAAGCAAUGUCUCACAGUCAAAAGAGUGCAUCUUAAUUACAACAAUCAGAUUCCCCUGGACGUGGAUAUCGUAUUGGACCUGACCAACGAUGGGGUUAAACUCAUAUUUGACCCCAAAGCACAGAGACUAAAGAUAAUUGAAAUUUAUGAUGUGAAGAAAGUCAAGCUAAAGUACUGCAACAAAGUCUUCAACUCUCCUCAAGUGAGUCCAACGGUUGAGAAGAUUCACGACUCAUUUGGGCCCACCCUACCAGGACAGGUAGACACCAAGGAGCAGCUCUAUCUACUGCUGUUUCGUGGGAUACUGUUUGCAUUCCCAGUGUGGAGUGGCAGUGAGCUAGUACCAGGGCUGUCGACGCAGAGUCCUGAUCUCUCAGAGCUGAGUACUCAAAGAUCCUUCAUUCUCUCACGAGUUUGCAUCUUCAGUGGAAAUGACUCCAAGGAAGCAAGGGCUCCUAGGCUGCCACUGGAGUGUUUCCAUGGCAACUGCUACUGUGACAGUGUGGCGUUGUUGAGAGUGGGAGGAGCUGUGACUGGGCUCAGUCUCAAACUCAUUGCUGAUGACUCUCAUCACUCCAAGCUUGGAGAUAGCAGACCCAGAGUGUUGGAGAGAACAGUUCAGUUUGGGGACACACCACAGGAUAUAGCGAGUGCUCUUGGUGCGCCCAGUCAGCAUUUCUACAAGGCAGAAGACAAGAUGAGAAUCCACUCUCCCUCUCCCCACAAGCUACCGAUGGCUAGCUCUUCAGACUACUUCUUUAACUACUUCACUCUUGGACUGGAUGUACUGUUUGAUGCUGUCAGUAACAGAGCCAAGAAGUUUGUGAUGCACUCGAAUGUGCCAGGACACUAUAACUUCAACAUGUACUAUCGUUGCGAUUAUGUGCUCACGUUUCCAAUUGGUGAAGACAUCUCUGGAGACUCUCAGCCCAGUCAGCUGACAGUCACACCCUCUACCAAGUGGAGUGAAGUGCAGGACUACCUCACCACUCCCACUGACAAACCGGUGGUCCUCAAUAGAUCCUCAUCCACCAACUCUGUGAAUCCCUUCGGCAGUACCUACUGCUACGGAUUCCAAAACUUUAUCUUUGAGGUGAUGAGGAACCAACACAUUCCCUCCGUCACUGUCUACAGCCCCCCACCAUAACCCCCCCCCCCACCAAGAUACCUCCCUAGCAACUGACUGUGCCAGUGUAGAGUUAGAGGCAUUUCAAAAGUUAUAAACUAGCUAUUUAUAUUAUAGAUUAACACAAUUCAAAAUGUAUUGUAUCGUGUUCACCAUAGCAUAGGCCAUCCAUCAUCAUGUGUGUGCAUUUGUACAUAACAUAAAUUCAUAUUCAAUAUUAAUUAAUACACAAGUUCUACAAACUGUCAA